AUGGUGGCGAUCAAUGGAGACGUAAAGGCCAGCGGCAGGACGAUGAGCAGAAGUAAAAGCAAGCAGUUCACCAUGGUGGUUGUCGGAUUGGGUCUGAUUGCACUUCUAUUGCUUCGAUCGACGGGUAGUAGCGCUGGCAGCAGUGGAUACCCCAGCGGUUCCAUCACCCCGCCAACCACGUACUCCAGCGAUCAGAGAGCCACAAGCAAUGUGGAAUACGACAAGUUUAGCAGUCGGAAACGCAAGCCAGAGAGACGAAUUCGUCAAAUUUCUCUCAUUGGGGAGAGAAACUCGGGGACUCGGUGGACUUGGAAUCAUUUGGAAGAAUGCUUUAAUCAUUCCAUUCCGGUUGAGCGACACUUGACUCGAUACAAGCACUGGUUCCAAUAUCCAAACUACACUGCCUACCCUCAUGAUACCCUAGUCAUCGCUCAAUUUCGUAACCCUUACGACUGGUUAAAGGCUAUGCAACGGGUGCCUCAUCACUCCCCAUCACACUUGAAAUUAGAUUGGAAACCAUUCUUGACCACUCCCUGGACGGCACCUCGCUUGGGCGCCGAUAUUGAAAUUGCAAAAACCAUCAAUGAAUCCAACAAUAGUACCGACACGACACCAUGCCAACACAACUUUAUCUACCAAGAUAUCGUCUCUUGUGUGAAGCGUCCUCUUCCCGAAUCAGCGUAUGAUCACAAGCUACGCUUUUCAGAAGACACACCAUUUUAUGAAAUGCGAAAUGAUGGCAGCGGAUUGCCCUUUGACAGCAUUAUGGGCAUGCGAGCUGCCAAAAUUGAAAACUUUUUGGCCGUUCAGGAUUACCCUGGUAUUGCCGCCGUUUGGGCUGUCCAAUACGAAUACUUGCUACAGCGGGGUACACAACACUUGGUGGAUCGCAUUUCCGAGUGGACCGGAAUCGAUCCGAAAUGUGAGGCCUUCCAGCCUCAGCUUCGUCGAGACCGACCUCUCGAAGCCGAGUUUGUCGAGUACGUUACUGAGCAUUUGAAUUGGACGGCUGAAGAAUUGAUUGGGUAUGGCAAGUACAAGCAACGCUUGGCACCAAAGGAACCUGAAACCGAGUCACAAGCUUGA